CAAUACAAUAAAACCAGAAUUUCCAUUUUCCUUAAAACAAAUUAAAGCCAUAUAUAGCCCACCGACCCUUCUCUUUCUUGUUCAUCCCACACAUUUUUAACGGCUAGCCAAGGCGGUCAAUUUCUAAACCGCCAUGGCAGCCUAUUCUAAUAUCCAUCAUCCUAAUUCACCAGAAGUCUGAUUAUCCUAAUAAUUGUAUAGCUAUUUUAUUUGGAUUAUCGUUGUUAUUGUUAUUGUUAAAAUUUUCUUGUAAGUGAUAAAGUCGAAUCUUGAUCUGAAUAUUCAACAUGGGAGAGUUUAUUAAUACUGAUCGUGUGGACCAAAGGAAACAUUUGUCAUCAUCGUCUUCGAGUGAAUUAUCAGAUCAAUGCGACGAGUUACAACGUUUAGAGGACGCACCACCCUUUUGGAGGAACCCUAAUAAGAGGUUAUCAAAACAACGUUCCAUGUGUGAGAUUCCACGUGAUAUUGCAUGGGAGAAACGACGUCGUCAAUUUCUCCAUCAAGAGAGGAAAAAGAAUAUAAUUGGGAAUCAAGACCUUGAAGAUUUGACCGAUGAGGAUUUGAAUGAACUAAAAGGUUGCAUAGAAUUAGGGUUUGGAUUCAAUGAGGAAGAAGGGCAGAGGUUAUGUAACACGUUGCCGGCACUUGAUCUUUAUUUUGCAGUGAAUCGCCAAUAUUUGACGAGCCCUAUGUCUUCACCGGGUAGCAAUAAAGGUUCAUUGUCAUCUCCAGGUUCGUCGAAUUCUCUUGGAGGAAGGUCAUCUUCAUUUGGGAGCCCUAGGAGUGAUCAUGUUGAUGCAUGGAAGAUUUGUAGCCCAGGUGAUGAUCCUCAACAAGUUAAGACAAAGUUGAGGCAUUGGGCGCAGGCAGUGGCUUGUUCCGUAAAGCAGUCUUAUUGAAGGGAUGGAGAUAUAUGGGACUACAUUAGUAGAACCAUAGUCAAAAUUAAACGUGGUGUCUAAUUCAACAACAAAAGGAUAUGCUUCUUUUUUCUUGAUCAGUCGAUGAUAUUAAAGGCACAGCGCCUUUCUGAUUUGUGUGUCAAGGCAAGGAGAAGUAGCAUCAUUGGUUUAAAGAGAUAUCAUAGUUUAUGAUAUUCAUUGUUCUUGAAACUAGACACCAAGUUUUGACUAUGUGUUUUCUACUUAAAAUGUACAUAUAUAGUCAUGACUUUUGUCGGACUGAAAUUCAUGCGCCAACUGAAACCGUGUAAAACAGAGAAGAUCCUGAUUAAGCUUGUUGCUAGAGAAAUUGCUUUUGAAAAACUUAGUCUAUAGAGCUACAUAGCUGUAGGCGGGCAAUUUCGGCACUAUGAUAUAUUUAGUUAAUUGAGGUACCAAGGAUUUUAACUUAUAUGCAAUCGUAAAGUAAAUAUUUUGUAUUUUGAUCUUUUACUGAUGAUUGCUUCCCUUUUCUAAAAACUAAUUUGUUAAUGUGUUUGUAUAGAGAAUUAUUUGUAAUUGUCUUUUAA